UGGGAGCUGUCAAAUGUAUCGAACGCGGCUUUCGUCGGUCGUCCGUAGCCGACUAGCCGAUAGAAGCACAGUAUGAAAGUGCUUUAAAUAUUGUUGUAUUUAUGCUUGGCCGCUGCCCUUUUCUCGCUCUACUGUAGUAACAAUGAUUACUGUGUUAUGUUUAUUGAUAAAAUAACAAUGUAAAUUGAAACCAUCGCUUAGUGCUGUUUUGUGAAAGUUAUUUCCUAUUGUGUUGGUGCUGAUUUAAAAUGACCGAGAAAAAUAAAUCCGAAAAGAUGACUAAUACAUCGAAACCAGUUCCCAUGAAACUUUUUGCUGCCUGGGAAGUGGACAGGACUCCUUCCAACUGUAUCCCAAGGCUGUGCACGCUUCGUGUGACUCGUCUCCGCGUGUGUGGUUCCCUGGGGGACUCCGGGGGGAGCGGCGCGGGCAGUGCGGGCGCCGGGGCUGUCACCCUCGCAGCCAGGAUGCACAGCAGCAAGCGCACCCUCCGUUCCAACGACAUCACCGUACCCCCUAUGGAUGUAGAGCUGGAUCUCUGCUUCACGCUGCAGUAUCCGCAUUUCGUCAAACGGGAUGGGAACAGAUUGCAAAUAAUGCUUCAAAGGCGCAAGAAAUAUAAGAAUCGCACGAUCCUCGGCUACAAGACUCUAGCUGAAGGUGUCAUCAGGAUGGAUCAGGUGCUGCAACGUUCGAUGGAUAUGGAACUCGAGUUGACUAGCGUGGGCGGGAAGGUGGGCGCCGGAGGGCAGCCCGUGGCCAGGCUCACUAUCACCGGACUCGCCUCCACACCGGUCGAUCACGACACCAAGAACAACAACACGCUGCUCAUCACCGAGCGCGGGUACUCCGACGAGGAGGAGGAGGGCGAGUUCAGCUCGGUGGACGAAGCUGACGACAUGACGUACGGCGGAGCCGCGGGCAGGAGGGCGCACAGGCAGCUAGCCUUCAAACAGGGAGACCUCUCAUAUACUAAGCUAUCACGCUCGAGAGAGCUAAGCUUCAGGGAGCGAGAGAGAAAGAUACAGAGCUAUAUAAGGUCGAAGGAGCAAGAGAGAGACAGCGAUAGUGAGAUGGAGACCACCACCAAGAGAAAGGCCAGUAGCGGCAAGCUCGCGCAAAGGAAUCUGAAGCAGAAGUUCGCGGCGCUGCUGAGGAGGUUCCGCGUGCCCGAGGAGCUGGCGGACAGAGGAGCGGCCAGGGACACGCACCACGCUCAGAGAGACAUAGACGAGCUGUUCCAGGAGUUGGAGUCCCUGUCGUGCGGCGAGGGCGAGGACUCCGGACCGGACCAGAUGGACACCAUCAGUAUCGGCUCAACGCCCAAGCCCUCGCUGCGGCCGUUCUUCAGCAGCUCCAGGAGCCUCGCCAACCAGGAACACCACAGACAUUCCAACGUGACGCGACACGCGAGCCUGGCCUCCGCCGGGGAGCUGCGGCCGCGCGAGAGACUCGCCUCCGCACCGCUCACAGAGUCAGAGGCUGUACGCAGUUCGGCUGGCGAUGAACGAGCCAGCGAGGGGAACAGCGACGGUGACGUGACGCUGGACGCGCCCGUCUCUGGCGCAUCCGUAUCCAGCUCGCCGCCCAAUGAGACUAAGUCGUCGGAGGACAAGCGGUCCCGUUUGUUCCGCAGCGCCACCAGCGGCGGUAACCUGACCCCGGCCGUCUCCUCGCGCAAGAAGAACUCCCUCGUCAUCCACACGGAGCGGCCGCUCAGCGCACACGACCUGCCCUCGCACAGUCCCACCACCGUGGAGCCCCGUCGCACUCUACUGGAGCAAGUGUCUCGCGUGCUGGGUGAGGAGGGUCCCGGGCCGGAGUGUGUGGCGGUGGCGCCCCCGGGCCUGGUGCGGGCUCUGCACGCGCUCGGCGUCCCCACGGUGCCUUCGCCUCCGGCAGCCGUGCCCGACGCUCGACCACUCCUCCAGGCCUUGCUCGCCCGGGCCGCUAAACAAGGGGUCCGGCGCGUGGUCCGCGUGGUGGUGUGCGGAGGCGAGGCGGCGGCGGCCGCGGCUCUCAGGGCUCACGCGGAGCUCGCCGCCCGGAGGCACGACGCGCCGCUCCUCAGAUACUACAUCAUACCAACAGGUGUGAACACGGUGGCGCGCUGGUUGGGCGCCAUGGACAGCACGUACGCGGGGUUGUUCUGCAACGAGUCCUGGAGCGCGCUCUGUGAACGGGCACAGGACGCCUGUAUGGCCGACGUGGCCGAGAUGAGCUCCAGGAUAGCCAGGUACAUCAAUAGCAUCGGCCCCGUCAACAACAUACCCAUAGGAGAGGCGAUGGUCGCCUACCGGGAGCGGUCCGGGGACGAGGACUCCAGCCAGACCUUCGUGCCCUUCAUAGCGGAGGUGCGAGUCGGUUGCGGCGAGGGUGGUCCCUCGUCCCUGGAGCUAGACGAAGGCGGCUCGCCCCCGGCCCGGCCUUCGCCCCCCGCCACGCCCGCUCCGGCCUCCGCCCCGGACCUCGCCCCGCCGCUCGCGUUCGCACGGACCGAGCCCCUGGAACUACAGCUGGACUACUGGCUGGUUGGCGCUCGCUGCUCAGAGGGCAGCGCGGCGGGGGCGGGCGCGGAGGGCGGCAAGGUGACGCUCAAGGCGACCUUCAGAGCUCUGCUCGUCACCAGGCACAAUCACCACCUCUGCAUCACAUACCUCACCAAGGAAAAGAAACAAAAAAUCAUGCGCCUGGGAAAGAAAAAGGAGAAACCCGGCGAGGCUGAAGGGGGGCGCGCUCACACCGUGGAGGGAGUCGCCAGGCUGAUCUGCUCCGCCAAGGGCUCGCACAACGCGCCGCUUAAAGUGUACAUAGACGGCACGGAGUGGAACGGCGUGAAGUUCUUCCAGCUGUCGACCCAGUGGCAGACGCACGUCAAGACCUUCCCCGUGGCCACGUGCGGGGCUCCGCUGGCGCCCUCGGACUCCUAGACCCGGUGACUCCACUCGCAAACAAGUCAUUCCCGUUGAAAAAUCUCGGUGUGUUCAAAAUACGCCGUAGAAUUAUAGGAACGUAUCAUCAAUAUAUUCGUUCGAUAAUAAUGAGGCUUAUCACCCGGCUAUAAGGGCGAUGUUUGAAUGUCUUGCAUGUAGAGCUUCCGAUGGAGUCGCGAUUUCAGACGUAGUUCGCGGCACGACUUUGAACUCUGUCCCACGCGGCGUAGAGUCGGAAUCGGUGUAGACUAGGCCUGUAUCAGUUGAGCUCUAGCCGGUUCCAGUAUAAGAUGUCACUCGUCAGUUCAUGGUUCGUGAAUAUUCCGUUUGUCGUUGGAGGUGUAGUGUUUAGUGUACGCAGUACGAGUCACAUAUCAGACGGCUGGCGGUUUUAUUUAAUCUGUGAUGUAAGAGAGCGUUUCAGCGAUGUUUCGAGCGUGAGUUAGCUGUGUUUAUUUUGUAUUUUUUAUAUGCGGAUUAGUUCGUAGUUAGCUUUCGGUACAUUAGAGCAGGCGACGUCUAGAUCUUGUAAGCGUCAUAGUCUCGUAACCUCACUCUCUAGUAAUAUGUAUUCCGAGCCAGCUUCGAAACUUAUUUCAGACGCGCGGCUGCUGUGAUGUGUAUUUGUCAUGUGUCGACUGUUGUUCGUAGUUGUAUCGCAGGGAGUUUGAAGGAGUUUUAUUCGGAAAAUUGACCGGAAACCAAAAUUAGGUUGUACAUAUUAGAUAGCGUCCGCCGGCCGCAGGAAAGCGGGUCGACGCGCUUGCCACCAGCAUAGCCGAACUAAACACGACCAGUUACCAGUUCUUCCUUCACGACCUUCUCGUGAUCGACAGAAAUAUUAAAGAGAAACGGUACACUGUCUGUUUAGUCGGGUGCAGAUGACCCGUGGUAGGUGUAAAGAAUUGUUACAUAUAUGUUUAGAGUAUAUAAAAGGCAACGAACAUUUAGUAUACAGUAUGGUAAUCCAGUCGAAACUAUUAUAUAAAAUCUCUCUGCUGCCUCUCCUCUCCUCUCCUCCUUGUCACGCUGAAGGCUAUCGCGGACACUUCGAGGUCUUCCAAGUGUUUUUAUUUAAGUGAGUGCCAAAUUAAACCGAUUCAUUUUGUAUUUUAACGCUUCCAUUUUGUUCUGUUACUGACUGUUCGUUAACGGAAGGCCCGGCUGCGAGUGAAACACGUAUUAUGACAAUAGUUAAUGUAUCUGGAUGUCCGCUGGAAUAAAACUCGAUGUGUUUAGUGUAGGGCGUUCGAUAGUUAACACGUACACGGACGGCUCGUUUAUAUAUAAUCUAUAUAUGAUAAGCAUAUGAAAUUAAUUUACGAUUAUUUUGUCUCCGUCUGACGAUAUGUUAACGAUGUUUUUUUUUUCAGUUUCUUUUAUGUGAAAUAAUUUAUGAAUUAUUAUUAUUAUUUUAAAGCUAAUUUCAAGGGAAUUAUUUAUGUUCUGUCUGCGGAUGCAGUAUUACAUGUUCGUAUUUAAAUACUAUUAUUUGUAUUAAAAAUUCCAUAAAAUACUAUAUGUAUUGUAAUGAUUAUCUAGUCCUGUAUGAUGUGUGCAAAAAAUAUAUAUAUAAUAUUAUUAUGGGAAUUUCUUUUUGUGUUAAAUGCUUGUAUUUAGCCGUUUUAAUUUAUUCAUAGAAGUGUAACCUCUCUGUAAUGUAUGUAUACAUGAUAUAUGUUGAUAGCAGUUAAAACAAAAAGAAGCUCAAUUCCCUAGCGUAGAGGCCUCGCUGACGCGUAAUAUUAAACGAUAUGAUCUCAACGCUGACUGACUUGGCAAAAUCAAAUAUCUUGUUUGGCUGUAUGUGUAUGAUUCUGUAGAAUGUGUUAUUAAAGUUUCUACUCUUGUGUAAUAAAUUCGUAACGGCUCAUAAUUCAGUUUUUUAAUGUUUAAUAAAUUAGUACAAAGUUAAAUGAUUUUUCCAUUUAAUCUAUAUGUUUGUAAGAGCUAAGGUGCAAUAACAGGCCGCCUCUAUAUGAUGGUUCAUGUUUCUUUGCUCUUGAACUCUAUGUAUGUUUAAGUGAAGUCAUGAGAUUUAUUGUUUUAACAGUUUGCGAGUAUGAUUUGUAUUUAUUGUACAAAUAAAAUUUUGCAUUAAUAA